AUGUUGCGGUUCGUGGUUCUGUGCGUUUUGAUAUGCAUAUCUUCGCUGGCACUCGGAGAGGGCUUGGUAUUUUCUGGUGCCGGUGAAGCUUCUCUAUGCAGAUCUUAUUUUAUUGCUAAGGAUGAAGGAAUGAUUGAUAAGUGCAGAGAUCUUUGGCUUUAUGCAACUGUUUUCAAAAUAGACAUUGAAUCAGUUGACUGCCAAAAAUGCAAAAACAGCUUAACAAACAAGAACUAUUCUAGGCUUUUGACGGUUCUUGAAAGGCAGCAGAAAUCGAAUGUUGGAAUCGAGGAAAUUAAGGAUUUGCAUUCAAAAUUGAGCCUAAAAUUUAAACUAAAUACUACUUGUGAUGACUGUAAGAAGAUAUUUGAUGAUGUUCGGCUGUUAAUUCAAGACAACGAUACAAAAAGCGCUGUUUCUGCUUACUUAAAGAGGGCAAUCUGCUUUGAACUUCCACUUCAAGUUGUUGAUGUCUGCAAGCGCACCAUUGAUUCUUAUAUUGGUGUUUUGAUGGAUUUCGCUGCCAGCGAAAUAGAAUCUAGUCAAAUUUGUUCCGUAUUCGGGCUGUGUUCUAGCCCAAAGCCUCCGUCUAAAUCUCCUGUAAAAUCCGAUGAGGCCUAUUCAUGGAUCAAGAGACCGUCUCCUGUUGGAUUCGAAUUUUUCAAUUCCCGUCUCACUCCUCCUAAAAUACCUGAGGAUUCGGGUGCCUGCACCGAAUGCAUUAACGUCUUUUCUCGAAUUCGGGAUGAAACUAAGGACCCCCAAUUCGAUCAGGUUUUAAAAAAUGUUAUCAAAGACAAACUAUGUGAAUCAUUCGGCUACUUCAAGUCUAUGUGUGAAGCCGCUGUCUCCAGUGAAGUUGACAAUAUGGUCGAUAAUGCGUCAAAUCUAAACAUUACUGAUCUUUGUUUCUUCUUCAAACAAUGCGGGGAGAACGUGUCUUCUAAUGCCAGGAGCUUCAAAGCGGCCCUCUACAGUCGUCUUUCUCAAAAAGCCCACGAAUAUCCUGUUGUAUGCCCUCUGUGUGAAAAGAUGUUUGAAGAAGUCUUUAAGACGAUCAUGACCAAUCGAAGUAGAGCCGCUAUUAUUAUGGCUCUUGAAGGAGUUUGCUAUCUUUUCCCUCCGGAACUAAGACACAAGUGUCUUGACUUUUUCCAAGAGUACUCAGAUUUCAUAGUUGAUGAAAUUUUGGAGGGAAUGACUCCAAAAGUCCUUUGCAUGUCUCUUGGACUCUGUGACUUCUUCGAAGUUCCACAACUCCAAAGCUUGGAGUGCCAGCUCUGUAAAACAGUUAUCGAUACUGUAUAUCAAAACAUGGAACAAAAUGCCACUAAAGAGGAGAUUAUUAAAGAAUUGGAAAGCGUCUGCUCCUAUAUUCCUUUAAUCCAAGAUGAAUGCAAAGGCAUUGUGGAUAAAUAUGGAUCUCAAAUGAUCGACAUGUUGGUUCAAGGGUUGCCAGCUGAAGAAGUUUGUCAGAAAUUGGGCUUCUGCAAAGUACCCCCCACUCUCCCUAAGUCGAAGGUUGGUGACAGCUGUGUUAUCUGUGAAGGAAUCAUUGCUGAAUUGUAUAUCAAAUUGCAAGAUAAUGCUACAAUGGAUAGCAUUAAGCAUUAUUUGGAGGCACUCUGCAGUGUUGCCCCCUCCAGCUUUUCUGAUAAGUGUCGUUCUAUGGUGGAACAGAAUACUGCCGCUAUACUUGAAAUGUUUAUGCAUAAUUACCCUCCAAGAAAAGUCUGCGAAGAACUCUCUAUCUGCUACUACCACUUGCCGCCAAAAACUGACCAAUGCGACGUCUGUAAGGAAAUUAUCGAUUACAUUUAUACUCGUCUGGAAGAUGAUGCUACUGCAGAUAGUAUUGAAAAAGUUCUCGAAACCGUCUGUCAAUAUAUGCCCACUAGCGAACUCAAAUCUACUUGUCAUAAGUAUGUCAUGGCCUAUACACAGGUUUUGAUUGAUCUUCUUGUGCAAAACGUAUCACCUCAAGAAAUUUGUCAGACUAUUCACCUUUGUUCACACUCCAUUGUCCAGCGUCUCUGUUCUGGUGAUCUAUCUGUCGUUUGCCGUGACAACUAUACAGCAAAACUCUGCAACCGUGAAGCCUUCUGCAAGGAAUUUUUCUGGCAACCUUCUGUCAAAGGUGACUCUGAAGCUCGCCGACCAACUGUUCGCAAAUACGAUUGCAGUGUACUGAGCACAAAGGAAGAACGAUGCUCUGAUGCACGCCUAAUGAGAUUGUGCGGUUUUGAAUCCUUCUGUCUUAACUUCAAACGCCCGUUGGUGGAACUCUCUGAGGCCUGUCAAUUCUGCAGAAAUCUUUUGGCUCAAAGGCUCACUUAUGGUAGCUCCGGUGUGGAUUGUUCUAUCUACGUGAAUCCCGAGGAAAAGAGUGUGUGUGCUCGUACUCGCAAAUUACGUUUAUCUGGUCGUACAUCAUUUGACAAACUUGAAUCAAUUUGCAUGAAAAAUGAGCUCUGUGGUAACAAGGUUUCCUCACUACCGUCAUCCCCGUCCGAAGCUAGAAGGAUUCUUGGAAGUGAUUCCUGCCUAUGGGGUCCCUCAGUAACCUGCUAUGACACUGAAGUUGCUGCCCGUUGUGGUGUGACCGCUUAUUGCCAGAAGAAUGUCUGGAAGGGUAGCAAACCUCCUUCUAAAGGGUCAGAGCGAAGAGUUGGCCUUCAAUUAGUUGAUUGCGACCGCCCAUUGAAUGAAAUAUGUAUCUCGCCUGAUCUCCGUUAUUGUGGUUCUGAGGUGCUUGAAAAAUGCCGAGUCUAUUCGACUUCACAGAGUGUUGGGGAUAUGAGAAAUGAGAUGUGUAAGGAUCGUCCAUUGAGCUUCUGCUCAGAUCCCAAGAUGGUUGAACUCUGUGGAAUGGGAGAGUACUGUGAAGCCAUGAGCAUGACUCCGACUCCUACUCCUCCAACUACUCAAGUAGAUGAGGCUCCUAUUGAUCCACGCUGCCGUAAUGGUGCUGCUUUUGUUUGCCAGAGUUACCAGAAUGCUGUACUCUGUGGGGAGGUUGAACUCUGCCGAAGGCGUGGUUUCUUUACGUAG